AUGAAACUAUCAUUACUACUACUUGGAUUCCUUCCAAUAGGCGUAUGGGCCUCCAAUGUUCUCGAAUUGACAGAGUCGGAUUUUGACAAACACGUCGGUGCUGGUAAACCGCCUGCACUCGUUGAAUUUGGGCACUGCAAAAAUCUUGCUCCCACGUACGAAAAGCUCGGUGACGCAUUCAGCCAUGCAAAGGACAAGGUAUCCAUCGUCAAGGUCGACGCCGAUGGAAAGGGCAAAGCCCUCGGCUCCAAGUAUGGGGUUACUGGCUUCCCAACCCUCAAAUGGUUCAAUGGUGACGGCUCCGAGCCAGAAGCGUACAAUGGUGGUCGUGAACUCGAGGAGCUCGCAAGCUUCGUGACCAAGAAAACUGGGGUCAAGUCGAGCAUUAAACCACCACCGCCGGCAGCAGUCAUUACUGCAGAUGUCGACACGUUCAAGGAGAUUGUCAUGGAUCCAAAGAAGGACGUUCUCGUUGCGUUCACUGCGCCGUGGUGCGGACACUGCAAGAACAUGAAGCCUGCCCUAGAAGCCGUCGCUCAAACAUUCAAGCCCGAGAACGAUUGCAUCAUUGUCAACAUUGACGCCGACGCCCAGCAGAACAAGGGCAUCGCACGCGAGUUCUCUGUCAACUCCUUCCCCACGAUCAAGUUCUUCCCGCGCGCCAACUCUCCCUUCACGACAACACCUCUCCCAGCCGAUACCGUCGGUCAAGCGACGUACACCAAAUACGGCAAGCAUGCCAUUCCAUACGAAAAAGCACGUUCGGAAGCCGACUUUGUCGCUUUCCUGAACCAACACUGCGGUACGAACCGUGCUGUUGGUGGCGGUCUGAACACGUUUGCCGGACGCUUGACAGGCACUUGGGAUUCGUGGGCCCAAGAGUUGAUGGGCUUUGCUUCGCAAAAGACCGAAGACGCCAAGGCUAGGAUGGUGGAGAUUGUGAAUCUCAUGAAGGCUGGUUUGGAUGAGGUCAAGGCCGAGGAGCAGUUUGCUGCGCGAUGGUAUAUUCGUGCGUCGGAAAAGAUUGUCAACAAUACCGAGUCUUGGUUGGAGAAAGAGUCGAAGAGGCUUAACUCUAUCCUGGCCAAAAAGAGCCUCGCGCAGACGAAACUCGACGAGGUUCGCAUCAAGGCGAACAUUCUUACUGCAUUCGUGGUGAAGAGGGGCGAGGAAGUAGCCGACGAUAUCAAGGAGAAGGUACAGGAUGUCAAGGAAAAGGUGGAACAAAAGGCUGCUCAGGUCAAGGAGGAACUCUAG